UUCACAACGACCAUCUUUGAUCUUCGUUCUGUGGAUGCUGGCAAAUACUGGUGUGGGGUGAGCAAAUUUGGAAAAGAUAUCUACACUGAAGUCGAGCUGAAAUUAAUGCCAGACAACUGCUGUGACAAUAUGACCAAGCUUGAAAGCUAUGAGGGAUAUUCUGAGUCUAUCCGUUGUCCGUACGAGUCUCAGUACCAGAACAAUUUGAAGUACAUGUGCAGAGGAAAUCAGCGCUCCACAUGUCGUCGGCAGGCACUGAUCACCUCUCAUAGCAGACAACAUGGACGAUUCAGACUCGAUGAUGACAAAAUCUCAGGAAAAUUCACAGUGACCAUUAACAGUUUGACCAAAAGUGAUUCAGGAUCAUACCUCUGUGGUGUCCAAAGAAACUCGGACCUGGAUGUUUUCUCUGCUGUUGAGCUGGAAGUCAAAGAUCCUGUUUGAUUCAUCCUUAACACGAGGUGCUCACCAAAGUACAACACCACAGCACUGGCCAAGAAAUCACAGCAGCGUCUCUUCUUCUUUCUCCGCAAACUAAGAAGAGCAGGAGCACCA